AUGCCCACUCAGUCCGGGACGCGGCUAGGCCACAAGCAACGGGGAUCGAUGAUGGUGCCGCCAGUGGUGAGAUCGACCAUCACCACUCACCACGCGCGCCGUCAUGGGGGGCGUCCGGUGCUUAAAUGCAAUGCGCGGGACGGGUACAAUACAAGGUCAGAGUGGCGCUGGCUGUGGGAUGCAACAAGCAGGCCGGCUGGAGCGGAGUCGCCGUUCGAUAAGCCGCAAAGAUACAGUCACCCUCACGACGACGGCCAGUGGCUGUGGCCUCCAUCCUCACCGCUCGCACUCGCGCCAGAGAGUACCAAUGCUGCUGGUACGCGCCGCCCGCCUCCUCUUUUGCCCCCUCUUCCCCCCUCGGCCGCGACGCCUGCCCAGCUCCCCAGCUUCCCAGCCUGCGCAGCUGCGUGGCACAGCAUCGUCAACACCAGGGCCGGCAGGGAAGACGCCUCGCUGGGCUGCGCAGUGAUACAAUACGCCCCAUUGCCUCGUAUGCAUCGCCUAGACGCCGCGACUUGGCCUGAUGCCGAUGCUCCCACCCGACUCGCCAUCCACCCCAUCACCCCAUCACCCCUCGGACAUGAAGCCUUCCGCAGCUAUACCGUACCACACCAUGUCUCCCGCCGGCAUCCUCAACAAAACCCGUCCCCACGCGGAGAGGGGCUUCUUCCUUGCCGAGCACACGGCACACCGAGUCAAGCCUGUCCGGUCCACUACUGUGCACACCCUACUCUACAACCAGCCGAUGCAGACAGACCAGGUUGCAAUCGCCCUCACGUGUGCGCCAUCAAUCCGCCGUCUACGUCCUGA